UUAAUUAAUUAAUUUAGGCUAUUUAUUUAUUGUUUACAUUCUGAAAUCUUUGAAAGUCUGACAUUAUCGGCCACAUACAAAAUAGGCGAUGUAACAAAACAAUAGAUCGAAUGACACUGAAAAGCAACUCAUCAAUAAUCGUAUUUUUUUUUUUUUUUGCAAUAUUUAGCCAAACCCGCGAAAACAGUCCUGCUGACAAAAGCUGAAAGAAGUAAUGAAAUUCCAAACAACCAAAUAGCUUCUUAUUUUACGCAAUGAUUUAACAGAACUCAUGGAAUAAAGAUGAUGCUGAUAAUGAAGAAGAUGAUGAAGAUAUUAAUAUCUUACAGAUGGAGUGUAAUUGUAAUUCCUCUCUGGGUCCUUUUCCCUCGACUUACUGGAGCAGAACAGUGCUGUUCCCUGACUGGGCGUAUAAACCAGCGUGGUCUCCAGGCUCGCGGCAGGUGCAGUUAUGGCAUUUCCUUUUGGAGCUACUGGGGCGUGGCGAAGGCGGAGCGAUCACCUGGGGCAGCGAAUGGGGAGAGUUUGUGAUCAGAGACCCAGAGAGAUUGGCUAAACUGUGGGGGGAGAGGAAGGGCAAGCCGCACAUGAAUUACGACAAACUCAGCAGAGCUUUGAGGUAUUAUUAUAAUAAGCGAAUUUUGCACAAGACCAAAGGAAAACGUUUCACCUACAAGUUUAACUUCAGUAAACUAAUCUUAGUGAAUUACCCAAGUCUUCCAACCUGCCCACAGAAUACAACAUCUGUUCCUUUCUCUGCCUUUCCUUCUCAGCUUUCCUUCUACAACCCUUCUAUUGACAGGGCUGUGCAGUCAAUUUCUCAUCCCCUUUUCCUGCCGUACAGUUUCCCCAAACCUCUCCCCUUUCCCCAGACACAUCCAAUCCAAAGGCAGUUUCCCCGCUUUUCUGGCCCACCUCCCUCAGGGACUAACCUAUCAGAGCUCUCCCGCCUGUCUCCAGUCAACUCCGCUCUUCAGUUCACACAAACUUUAAACUGGCCAGUCAAAAGCAGCACAGAGUGGCCUCUCAACAGAAUCAUGGGAUUACAAGAGAGGAUUAAAAGUGGACCACAAGACAAAACCAAUGACAACCAAGAAGACAGAAAAAUAUUUCCUGAGACCAUGCAUUAG